UCCCUGCGCUGCGCCUCCAGGCUGGACCAGCAGUUCCAGGCGGCAUGGAGGGGCCCCGGAGCUCCACCCAUGUCUCCUUGGUGCUGCGGCUGCUUGUACUUCUGCUGCUGGGCCCAGCUAGGCAGGCCACCGCCCAGCGCUGCCCACAGGCCUGCAUCUGUGACAACUCCAGACGGCACGUUGCCUGCCGGCACCAGAACCUGACUGAGGUGCCAGACGCCAUCCCUGAGCUGACCCAGCGGCUGAACCUGCAGGGCAAUUUGCUGAAGGUGAUCCCCGCAGCCGCCUUCCAGGGCCUGCCUCACCUCACACACCUGGACCUGCGCCACUGCCAGGUGGAGCUGGUGGCCGAGGGCGCCUUCCGUGGCCUGGGCCGCCUGCUCCUGCUCAACCUGGCCUCCAACCACCUGCGUGAGCUGCCCCAGGAGGCGCUGGACGGGCUGGGCUCGCUGCGGCGGCUGGAGCUGGAGGGGAACGCACUGGAGGAGCUGCGGCCGGGGACGUUCGGGGCACUGGGUGCGCUGGCCACGCUAAACCUGGCCCACAACGCCCUGGUCUACCUGCCCGCCAUGGCCUUCCAGGGGCUACUGCGCGUCCGCUGGCUGCGGCUGUCGCACAACGCGCUCAGCGUGCUGGCCCCCGAGGCCCUGGCUGGCCUGCCCGCCCUGCGACGGCUCAGCCUGCACCACAACGAGCUCCAGGCUCUGCCCGGCCCGGCCUUGUCCCAGGCCCGCGGCCUGGCCCGUCUGGAGCUGGGCCACAACCCGCUCACCUACGCGGGCGAGGAGGACGGGCUGGCGCUGCCCGGCCUGCGGGAGCUGCUGCUGGACGGCGGGGCCCUGCAGGCCCUGGGUCCCAGGGCCUUCGCGCACUGCCCGCGCCUGCACACCCUUGACCUCCGCGGGAACCAGCUAGACACCCUGCCCCCGCUGCAGGGUCCGGGCCAGCUGCGCCGACUGCGGCUGCAGGGGAAUCCGCUGUGGUGCGGCUGCCAGGCGCGGCCCCUACUCGAGUGGCUGGCGCGGGCGCGCGUGCGCUCGGACGGCGCGUGCCGGGGGCCGCGGCGCCUGCGGGGCGAGGCUCUGGACGCCCUGCGGCCCUGGGACCUGCGCUGCCCGGGGGACGCGGCGCAGGAAGAGGAAGAGCAGGAGGAGCGGGCUGGGCCCGGGCCCCGCGCCCCUCCGCGCGACCCACCGCGCGGCCCGGGGGAGGAGCGGGCAGUCGCGCCCUGCCCUCGCGUCUGCGUGUGCGCCCCCGAGUCCCGGCACAGCAGCUGCGAGGGCUGCGGCCUGCAGGCGGUGCCCCGCGGCUUCCCCAACGACACCCUGCUCCUGGACCUGAGGCGGAACCACUUCCCCUUGGUGCCUCGAGCGGCCUUCCCCGGCCUGGGCCACCUGGUGUCGCUGCACCUGCAGCACUGCGGCAUCGCGGAGCUGAAGGCGGGCGCCCUGGCGGGGCUGGGCCGCCUGAUCUACCUGUACCUCUCCGACAACCAGCUCGCAGGCCUCAGCGCUGCUGCCCUUGCAGGGGUCCCCCGCCUCGGCUACCUAUACCUGGAGCGCAACCGUUUCCUGCAGGUGCCAGGGGCCGCCCUGCGCGCCCUGCCCAGCCUCUUCUCCCUGCACCUACAGGACAACGCAGUGGACCGCCUGGCACCCGGGGACCUGGGGGGAACACGGGCCUUGCGCUGGCUCUACCUGAGUGGAAACCGCAUCACCGAAGUGUCCCCUGGGGCACUGGGCCCAGCUCGGGAGCUGGAGAAGCUGCACCUGGACAGGAAUCAGCUGCGAGAGGUGCCCACUGGCGCCCUGGAGGGGCUGCCUGCCCUCCUGGAGCUGCAGCUCUCGGGCAAUCCACUCAAGGCCUUGCAUGACGGGGCCUUCCAGCCUGUGCGCAGGUCGCUGCAGCACCUCUUCCUGAACAGCAGUGGCCUGGAGCAGAUUUCUUCUGGGGCCUUUUCAGGCCUGGGGCCCGGGCUCCAGAGCCUGCACCUGCAGAAGAACCAGCUUCGGGCCCUGCCUGCCCUGCCCAGCCUCAGCCAGCUGGAGCUCAUCGACCUCAGCAGCAAUCCCUUCCACUGUGACUGCCAGCUGCUUCCGCUGCACAGGUGGCUCACUGGGCUGAACCUGCGGGUGGGGGCCGCCUGCGCCACCCCUCCCAGUGCCCGUGGCCAGAGGGUGAAGGCUGCAGCUGCUGUCUUUGAAGCCUGCCCAGGCUGGGGUGCCAGGAAGGCCAAGCGGACACCAGCCUCCAGGCCCAGCACCAGGAAAACCUCCAUCAAAGGAAGACAGCGUGCAGCAGAUAAGGUGGGGAAGGAGAGGGGUCGUCUCUGAGCAUGGAGCAGGCUGGUCCUGCCUCGACCCGGCCCGGUGGCUCUUACUCUCGCCAGGAACGGGCUCCGACGAGACCUUCUUGGCACCCUGAGGGUCGUCCUCCUGCAGGGGCUUCUUGGACCCCUGUCUGAGGGGCCGCGUCUUGGUGGGCGGGAUUCUUUUCCCUUUGAAUAAAAAUGGAUUCAAACCCAGCA